CCAACGUUUAUACACUUUACACAUCACAUUCAUGGACGAACGACGCAUCUAACGCGUAAACAUAACCUAAUCGUCACCAAAAUACUAAACAAAAAAUAUAGAUAUAGUUUUAUUAUAUUUUCUAGCCAAUAUGAGUACCAGCGAGAAAAAUCGAGGACCCGAUAAUUCUUUAUCGGAGGAAGAAGACGCGAAAAAUAAAUCAAAACGUAAUCGUGAAGUUGACAGCGACAAAGAGGAAAAUGACAGCCUUAAGAAAAGGAGUAAGCCCAGAAAGAAAAGUGAGAGCAGUAGUAGCAGAAGUAGGAGUAGAAGCCGCAGCAGCAGCCGAAAGCGCGAGAAACGUAAUGACCGGGAUAGGAAUCGUGAUUACUCUGAUAGAAGCAGGUACAGAGACAGAAUUCGGGAUCGAAGUAGAGACAGAAGGAGAGACAGGAGUCGGGAUCGUGUUAGAUAUUGGGAUAGUCAUAAAGAAGACAGAGGUCGAGGCAGAAGCAGAGAAGAGUACAGACAAAGAAGCGAAGAGAGGCAUGGUGAAAUUAGCAAGCAGUCUUAUUACGGCACAGAAUUAAAAAAAAAUAUGGAUAAGAAUGAGCAUAGGAACUCAAAAGAAAAUGAUGGUAAUAAAAAUGGAAAUGGAAAUGCUGAAAAUCCAGAAAUCAUUCCUCCAAAGCAAAGAAAAACUGUUGACCUACUUACUUCAAAGACUGGAGGUGCUUACAUACCACCUGCCAAGUUGCGUAUGAUGCAAGCUGAAAUUCAAGACAAAAGUGGUGCUGCUUUUCAACGUAUUGCAUGGGAAGCACUCAAGAAAAGUAUUCAUGGUUAUAUAAACAAAGUAAAUACUAGUAAUAUUGGUCCAAUCACAAGAGACUUGUUAAAAGAGAAUAUUGUCAGAGGUAGAGGACUUUUGUGCAGAUCUAUUAUCCAAGCUCAAGCAGCAUCUCCUACUUUUACUCCUGUCUAUGCUGCUUUAGUUGCAGUACUCAAUUCUAAAUUUCCUAAUAUUGGAGAAAUGUUGCUUAAACGUUUGGCAAUUCAGUUUAAAAGAGGCUUUCGCAGAAAUGACAAGGUUCUAUGUAUUUCAUCUGGUACAUUUAUUGCUCAUUUAUGCAACCAAUCUGUUGCUCAUGAAAUUUUGCCUCUUGAAAUAUUGACAUUACUGACGGAGAAUGCUACAGAAGAUUCUAUCGAAGUGGCUAUCGCAAUUUUAAAAGAGUGUGGAAUGAAACUUACUCAAAUUUGCCAAAAAGGCAUUGUUUCUAUAUUUGAGAUGUUGAGAAAUAUUCUGCAUGAAGGACAAUUAGACAAAAGGGUUCAAUACAUGAUUGAAGUUAUGUUCCAAGUACGUAAAGAUGGAUUUAAGGAUCACAUAUCUAUACCAAAAGAGCUUGAUCUUGUGGAAGAAGAAGAUCAAAUUACUCACGUAGUAUCAAUAGAUGAACAACUGGAUGGCAAUGAAAUAUUGAAUGUGUUCAAGUUUGAUGCUGAUUAUAUCAAUACUGAAGAAAAAUACAAAGAGUUGAGUAAAGAAAUCUUAAAUACAGAUAGUGAAGAGUCAGAUGGUGAAGAUGGUAGUGAUGAAGAAGACAGUUCUGAUGAAGAUGAAGCAGAAGUUAAGGACAAGGGUGUUAUUAUAGAUAAUACAGAAACGAAUUUGACAGCUCUUCGGCGCACUAUCUACUUAACUAUUCAUUCUUCUCUUGACUAUGAAGAAUGUGCUCACAAACUCAUGAAAAUGCAGCUAAAACCAGGACAAGAACCUGAACUGUGCCACAUGAUUUUAGACUGCUGUGCAGAGAUGAGAACCUAUGAAAAAUUUUUUGGAUUAUUGGCAGGGCGUUUUUGUGCUAUUAACAGGAUAUAUGUACAACCUUUUCAAGAAAUCUUUAAAACCUCCUACGACACAAUCCAUAGAUUGGAUACUAAUAGAUUGCGAAAUGUAGCUAAAUUUUUUGCUCAUCUUCUUAUGACGGAUUCUAUUUCAUGGGAAGUUUUGUCGACUAUAAGACUAAAUGAAGACGAUACAACUAGCUCGAGUAGAGUAUUCAUUAAAAUUUUAUUUCAAGAGCUGUCCGAAUACAUGGGCUUGCCCAAAUUAAAUGAUAAACUAAAGAAUGAAGAACUGAUAGAAGCAUUUACUGGACUUUUUCCAAAGGACGACCCCAGAAAUACUCGUUUCGCCAUUAAUUUUUUCACGUCUAUUGGUCUUGGUGGUCUAACGGACGAUUUACGAGAACAUUUGAAAAAUAGACCUAAACCUAUCCCAGAGCCAGUGAUUGCAAUCAGGCAAGAGCCGUCAGCAAACUCUUCAAGCUCUUCAAGCUCUUCUAGUUCUAGUUCUAGUUCAGACGAUUCAUCAUCUGAUUCUUCAUCAUCCGAUUCAGAUUCUUCGGACGAUGAAAAGCGCAAAAAGAAAAAGAAGUUACAGAAACGCAAAAGUAAACCAGAGCGGAAUGAAAAAGAAAAUAAAAGUAGGAAUAAGCAUGGGAAAAAGAAGGAAGAUUCUCCCAAGUCUAAAAAACAAAAAAAGAAAUCUAUUGUAAAAAAUAAAAAGUAAAUGUUAAAUUAAUUCAAUCCUUGUACAUACCAUUUUCCGUAAUUAUACAAAAAUGAAUUUUUAGAUACAGUA